AGCUCAACAGAGGGCAGCACAGUGCAUGAGUCGGCCACAGAUAGUAGUGUUGAGAUGUCAGAUACGGGGAAUGUCAGUGGUGUAAGUUCUACAAUGGGUCACAGUUCUAGCCAAGGAAGUAAUAUCCCUGAUGUAAGCAGUUCAAAUGUUGGUCUAAAUUCAAGUGAAGAGAAGGAUACAAGUGGGGGUUCAGAUACUGGCACCAGCUUGAUUGAUGGAAGGAGAGGAGGUGACACAGGUUCUAAUACAGGGCUUAGUUCUAGCAUAGGGAGUACCCAGCCUGAUAUUGCACUCUCAGUCAUUUCUCAGUCUACACCUACUAAACCUGCAGAGACUACGCAAAAUGAACUAAAUAUAUUAUCUCCUUUAAAACAUGAUCAGAAAACACCACCUCCAAAAGUUGAAGUACUUAUUAUCACCCCAGAACAGAGGGAUGCUAGAAAAAGACUACUUCCGAAACCUGUUGAUGAAUCUGAAAAUUCUCGUCCAAAGGUUUCACCUUUUUUGCCAAAAGUACCAAAAGAGCCACCAGCUAAAAAGAAGAAAUCAGUCGUUAGCAGUAGCCAAAAGAAGCCGAUUCUUCCCAAAUACAAAGACUUUAAGAUCUACAUUAUGUCACCAACUAAAAAAGCAGCGGCUAGUAUUAGUGCAAAGGCAAGAAAAAAGCUGCGCCGUUUAACGCCCAAACCAAUGCCACUUGAAACAACUAAGAGAGAGCCUUGCAUUAUAAAGAAGAUAGUGAAACAGCAGAGAAAUGUAUCAAAAAGACCACAUAAACUUCGCCCAAUUCAACCUAAACCACUUGAUACAAAUGAAGGAGAUGAAGUUGAGAUAACUGAUGGAUAUCUUGAAGAUGUUGGAGAAGAUGAUCCGUAUCUUACAAGUGAAUAUGACACUCAAGAUUCUGAUGAGGAUUUAGAACACCACGAUGGAGAAAAUGAAGACCAGAAUAUUUGUGAUGAUCACAUGGACACAGUAGAUGCUGAUACUGCAGAUGCUGAUGAAGUAGAUCCAGAUGAUGCUGAUACCGCAGAUGCUGAUGAAGGGGAUGGUGAUACUGUUGAUGCCGAUGAGGGGGAUGUUGAUGUAGAUACUGCAGAUGAAGGUGACGUUGAUGCUGAUACAAUGGAUAUUGAUGUGACUGAAGACCAAGAAAACAAAGAAAAUGAAGAGAAACCAAAGAGACGUAGGACAAGACGAGUCAGGAGACGACUUCCUUCACCAGAUUCAACUACAGAUGCUGGACAUUAUGAAGCAGAUGGGAGUCAGAAUGAAGAUGAGGGAGAUGAUGAAGAUCACAUGGCAACCUUGAUGGCAGCAAGCAGCACUAUCAGGUUUGAUCCUACUAGGAAUGAGCCUAAGAAAUACAAGGGUAGGAAGGAGAAAUUGUUGCAGAGAAUGUAUGAUGAAAACAUUGUAUCUACAGACCCCAAGAGAGAUGAUAAAGACACCCUGGUGGCCCAGGCUUUCUUGACAAAGGCUCUCCAGUUGCUGAAGGGAGACAUAGGCCGCUAUAUGGACAUAUUGAAACUGUUAAUGGAGGAGAAAGAUGUCACAAUGCUUUACAAAGGUAUGGCUGAAUUACUGAAAGACUACCCACAGCUACUGGAGCAAUUCUCAGACUUUCUCAGUCCAGACCAGGCCUGGGCUUGUGGCUGUCUAACUCAGAAUUUAGCCUAUAGCAGGGCUAGGAGGUUCCUUAGAAAGCUAGAGAUAUUCUGUGGAACUACAAACUCCACCAACUUCCACCGUAUCAAGCACACCAUGAUGCAAUGGGAGAAUCAAGGGAGCAAUGAUGUACAGGAGCUCAAGAGACUGGUGGUUCCUCUGUUGAGAGGACAGCAACAUCUCCUUCAGGAGUUUUCUCAGUUCUUUCCUCAGGAUAAACCACCAGAGAGUAAGCUGAAUGAUUGUUAUGAAGAAGUUGUGCUGAAUGAUUCUGAUGAGGAUGAUUCUCAUAAGUUUGAUGGAUUUGAGGAGUUGACUCUACCAGAGACCAACAAGGACAAAUCAUAUGGGAGCAGAAGGUGCCAUUGUCCCUGCCAUUUUGGAAACAAAAUCUCCAAAGAGUUUAAGAAAAGGAGAAAGCACUGCUACAAUUGUUCUAUGAAGAUAAUGGGAGGCAAGAUUUACAUCCAACAAGGGAAGACAUUGCAUCAGGCUGAAGUUGUAUACCGCGACCCCCUCCCACCACACUCCCCUGUCAGUACACAACCAGGGAGCCCUCUAGGGGAAGAUGAAGACACUAUGGACAGCGUUUUGUCGAAAGAUUCUCAAGAUGAUGUAUUUGAUAAUGCUAGAGAUGUGGAUGAAGGUUUUGAAGAAAUUGACAAAGAGGUGACAGCUACUGACAAUAAUAAGGUGGCAGAGAUGAUGACCUUAGAACGGAUACAAAACAUUCCUAACAACAAUAAAACUCCUAGUCCUUCCAAACCCUGCAUAAUAGGCCAGGCACCAUCUCAACAAUCUGAUGUGAUAACAUUUGAUAAUGUUGAUGAUGCCUUGAACGCAAUAGACACUGCUGGAAGUAUAGACUUUGCUAAAGUCACACAAGUAGAAGCCCCUCAUAAACCUGUGCCAAGCAUCAGUCAGACUAAAAAAUCUAGACGUGUGGAGUUGAUCACUUUAGAGCGAACAACCCCUCCACGAAAAUCUCCUAUAGAAAAUCUCUCCCCUCAGGGAAGGAUACCACAUAUAUCACCUCCUCAAGGUGGGCUACAGCAUAUAUCUCCUACGAGGUUGAUACAUCAGCAUAAAAGCCCUGUUAAAAAUCCAACAGUUCACACGAGCCCUAGGAAACAUAAAAGUCCAGGGAAGCUUCAUAAAAGUCCAGGGAAACUUCAUAAAAGUCCAGGGAAGUUUCAGGGCUUCCAUAAAAGUCCCAGCAAAUAUCUGAGGAACUCUAAUCCAUUCCUGAGGAGCCCUCUUAGAAUAGGGACACACUUACUUCAGAGAAAGAGCCCAGGGAAACUACGGGGAUUCACCAGGGGAACCGGCCAGAAAGUGUCACCACUCAUGAAGAAGAACCUAACAAGGAUACAAUUGGGCCCAGCAACUACAAACAAUCAAAAGAAGUUUGUUAAGAUUGACGAUGCCCUUCCCGAUAGUCCUUCAAACUCAAACCACGGCCUAGGAAAUUCCAACCAGGGCCAAGGGGCCUCAAACCAGGGUCAAAGAAUUUCGAAUCAGGGCCAAGGGCCCAUGUUGUCUCAAGCCUCAACAUCACAAAUGAGGAUUCCAACAGACUUUAGCGAGUUCCGUAUACAAUUCAAACAAAACAUUGGUGUUGAAAUUACUGCAAAAGAAUUGACUAUUCCUACUAGCCCAGUUCUUGGGGAGAUGGAAAAUCAAAUGAACUCUCAAAAUCAAAAUAUUGGGGCUGAUAAACAAAGUAUGGGAGAACUAGUUGGGGGAGAAUUAGUUGGAAAUAUAAUAGCCCCUAGAAAGCCUGUUCAGGCAAUUGCGUCCAAGAACAUUCGGAUGUGUACCACACCGCCUCCUUUGGAGGAUUCAAUGAUGAUGGAUUCCCAUAGUGCAUGGAGCUUACACUCUCCUAAAAGACACACUAUCUCACCCCAGGAUGAGCCAUUUAGUGCCCCAACCCCAAAGAAAGCUGGGGUUUCCCCUCCCCCAUUGGAUGAGGAAGCAAUCCUCACCAGUGACACUUCCUGUAGCAGUUUACCACCCAUAGGUAACUCUCCUUUUAAUAAUCCAAACAGCCCCUUCUGUAUGAUAAAUGCACUACAACAACCCACAGCUGAAGUGUUGGAUCCUAAAUCUGAGAGAGGUGAGGAAAAACAAGAAAGGUUGAUCAUGAAAAUAAACCUGACUGGUAAGCCAGCUGUUGUGAGUUCUCCAAAAGCAGAUAAGAAGAUUGCAAUAGAAGAGGACGUUGAACAUACAAAGAGUGAGGACAGUGAACUACCAUCAUCUCAAGGGAGUAAAACAGGAUCUGACAUCCAGGGUGAGAUAACCGCUAACUCGCCAGCAAGUUGCCAUGACAACAGCGGUAGCUUCAAUGACAACAGUACAGGUUGUCAUGACAAUAUAAGCAGCCAUAAUGAAGACUCGGGUAGUUCCAAGUCACGGCCAUCUCACAGCGACAGUACCAGUGGAGAUACAAAUAUAACAUGGGACUCCAGCACAGCUAGUAAUAUGUCAAUGGAUGCUGCAAACUGGACAAAGGAGAAUGAUCACAUGGUCCUAAGGGAAUGUAAGGAGCAAGGAACAAAGCAGGAAACAUUUGAUUAUGUGGCAAAUGAGUUGGGGAAGACUCCUCUACAGGUGAGACAGAGGUUCAAACUGCUAAUGAGGCUCUUCAAUAAAGAGAUGACCAGUGAUGAGAGCAGUGAUGACAACACUGAUGCAUAAUAAUGAAAUCCAUGACAAUACUGAUGCUUAAAAUUAAUGAUCAUAGCAGUGAGACUAUGCAAUAUAGAACUACAGAUAUAUGAACAGUAAUUGAUCAUGUUGACAGCUGAUUAAUCGAGAAAUCAUAAUACAACUGGAAUUUCGAGCCAACCAAAAUGACUGUUAAAAAAUUGACCUAGGAUAUAUAUUUAUUUUCAUUUGUUCAAAACAGGUUGACUGAAAUAUGUUUGGUCCCAGAAACUGAUAAAAGCAGUUGACCAACCAGAUUCAUUUUUGUACAUUUGGUCAGGUUAGACAUCAAAUGAUUUUUUAUGCAACUGAUCUUUUACCUAUAAUAAAUACUACUGAAAAUGUAAGUUGCCAGUCAGCCAGUAAGCUAUGUAAGAUUUGUUUGAAAAAAAUACAAAAUG